GCUCAAAUAACUGUUCUACAUCACUUUUUUCUUCCUAAAUAAUAUAUCAUUUACCAGUUACGUCUUCUCGUCUGUACAGACAUUCAAAGCACGUGUAUUUUAAAUGAAACACCUGUAGUUUUUGUUUCACCUCGGAAAACUUUUUUUCUUACAAUACUAUGAAACACAAAUUAUACGGAAGUUAAACCUUUAUGGUUGUUAAUUAACUUUAAUCGUUUCAAUGAAUUUAUUGAAAUCAUUUCAGAAACGCUACCAGCUAUAAAUGAGGAGAUCUUCAACGGGCAUCCGUAGUAGCGAUCCUGAUUUUGAACCGACGCCUUUUACUUUAUACCUGGAUCAAAGAGUAUCGUCGCGGGAAUCGAAAUUCGACAAGAUGUCCCACCAGAUAAAGAUAUUUCUGACGGUCGCGGUAACAGCGAUAUUGGCAUCGACGUUCGUGCAAGGGGAGGAUGAGAGUGAGGAGGUGAUGUAUUCGUCCAAGUACGAUUACCUGGACGUCGACGAGAUCCUGAACAACGAUAAGCUCAGAAAACAGUACGAGAAUUGUUACAUGGACACUGCGCCGUGCAACACGCCGGAAUCGCUAUACAUAAAAGAACAUCUGCCCGAGGCUUUCACGACAAACUGUAAGAAAUGCACGGAGAAGCAGGUGGAAUUCUUCAACAAAGUCACAGAUUGGUACAAGGCGAACGAUUUGGACGCCUGGAACACGAUCGUGAAAAGGACCCUGGAGAGGGCCAAGGAAGAGGCCGAAAAGAGAAGGCAGAAAGAAUAAUCCGAUUCUAUUAAUUAGGGACCACGGUGGUCCGUACAAUUUGUUUUAAUGGAAUUUCUGUAUUCCUGCGACCGCGUGGGACGAUAAUAAUCAAUAAAUAUUCAAAUCCAUAAAGUAA